CGCUCCACUUUGACCCGUGACGUACCGGAAGUUUGCGCGUGACGUUAUCCGUCUUUGUCCGUCACAGGAGCAGCUAAACGGUGUUGAAAAAAAUGAACCCCGAAUAACACAGAAUGUGAAGCCAGCGAUAUUUCACACCGUGAUUCCUCACAGUCUCGUCAGUUUCUGUGAAGAUGUGCGAUCUGAGCUCCGCGCUCAUUGAAGAGGGCUGGUACCUUACAGAUGAAGGAAUAGAGGAGUGUAAAAGUUCUUCAGAGAAGGAGAAAACAUCACUGACUGACAUCAUCCAAGUAGCGUUAAAUAAUGAUCUGAGACCCAUAGGAAAGAGCUUUCUGCCGGCGGACAUCAACAGUGGCCGAAUAGAAAAGUUGGACGGUCCGUGUGUCCUCCAGGUGCAGAAGAUUCGUAAUGUCGCUGCUUCUAAAGACCACGAGGAGUCGCAGGCGGCCCCCAGAAUGCUCCGUGUGCAGAUGACAGACGGACACACACUCUGCACCGGCCUCGAGUUUAAACAUCUGUCCAAAAUCAGUCUGAACACGCCGCCUGGAACCAAAGUGAAGCUCCUGGGGGUCGUUCAGGUUAAGAACGGCAUCCUGCUAUUGGACGAUUCCAAAAUCGACGUUCUCGGAGGCGAGGUGGAUCACAUGAUUGACAAGUGGGAGUUUCAGAGGAGCCUGGCCAAGCACAACCGCAGAAACAUCGGUGCCGAAGGUGGACCUCCUCCGUUCGUUCCCUUCGGACAGAAAUGUGCUCAUAAGGAGCAGGUGGACAGCAGAGCCCUGGAUCAGAGGAAGACCCUUCAAAGCACAAACGCUGUCAAAUCUGCGGACGACAACGACGAGUUUGAGAAACAAAGAACCGCUGCUAUCGCUGAGGUCGCCAAGAGCAAAGAGACGCGUACGUUUGGCGGUGGAGGCAAUGCCGGAGGAAACCUUGCCAAUCCAGGAUCCUCCUACAGGAGUCGAGACUCCUAUCAAAGAAGAAGAGAGGAGAGAGAGAAGCCCUGGACGGAGAACAAGUCAGAAGGAGUUUACAGAGAUUUGGUUGAUGAGCGAGCUUUGAGGGACAUCAUGGAGAUGGGCUUCAACCGUGAGGCGGCCAGAGAAGCCUUGCUGGAUCACAACAAUAACCUGGAGACGGCCCUCAACUUCCUCCUCACCGGAACAAACCAGCCCAAAGCGGCCCAGACCGAGCAGAGCCGCCCGCCUCCACGAGGAAAGGGUCGUGGACGGGGACGUUCCAGAACGGAUGAGGAUGAGGAAGCAGGAGGAAGACCGUCUGGGCCCAGCACACUGUUUGACUUCCUAGAGUCUAAAAUGGGGACAUUCUCCAUUGACGAGUCAAAGAACCAUCAUUCACUACAAGACCACCCAGGAAAGAUGACGUUCCCCACCACCGAUCACCUCUCCAGAGACGCCGGCCCGUUCAAACACCCUCCUCGCAGUGAGGGACGGUCGCAGAGAAACGACAGGCCUCCACGCUUCCAGAGGGACGGAGACUUCCCUAAACCAACCCCAGCCUCUUCCACCUUCUCCCAGCCGCAGAAAUGGAGGGAUGGCGAGCGAACGGGAAGAGGAGGAUCAGAGCGAUGGAAGAACGACAGUCAAGAUGCUAGAAUUGCAUUCUCCUCGACGGCGGGGAAGCCCAGGGAGACGCAAGGAAAGGAACACAGUGGGUCGAAGGCUUUCCAGCAGGAACCUCAUAACGGUGGAUGGAAAGAGCAUGAUGGGACAGGAUGGCCUGAAAGGAGAAACCAAUCAAAUGGAUCCACGGCACCCAAACCCUCAAACCCUGCUGUAUCCGGUCCAGAUCCUAAAGCCAGAAAUGAGGCGAACAACAGAAGGAAAGGCAAGCCAGAAAGGCCAAACUCGGGCUACUUUGAGCGUUCCCAGGAUGCAAUGAAAAAAGACUUUUCGCAGGAUGUGGGAUCAGGCCAGUUCAUUAAAGUGACUGGGGUUUCAAACACGCAGAUCCCUAAUGGCGAUUUAGAGCUCAGACGGACCGGUCCAAUCAAACCACAGUCUUCAGGCCCGCCUCAAAAGCAGACCCACACGCAUAACUCCGCCCCCAGAAAGAGAUCCGGGCCAAUCAAAGGUCAGAGAGAGCCAGCGGACGCCAAUAAUUACGAAAACUGGAAAGCUGGUGACCAGUGUCUCGCGCUCUACUGGGAAGACAAUAAGUUUUACCGGGCGAGAAUCGACGCUGUCCACCCUUCGGGCUCGACGGCUGUGGUCGUGUUCAGCGACUACGGAAACUGCGAAGAAGUUCUGCUUCACAAUAUCAAACCUCUGCACAUGGAUGUGUGGGACAGACAGGACAGGAGUAGCUCAGAGUUAAAGCACUGAAGGGUCGUGAGGACUGAAGUCAGUGAUAUAGCGUCUCGUGUCUUCCCUUAUCUGCAAACAUCGGACCGGUGUGCCAUCCCUCCAGCUUCAUUUGUUGUAGCCAGUGAAGCGAACACAGUAAGUCGAUAGCAUCCGCCUGAAACCGAGAUCUCUGCGGUGGGCCGAUAUCAUUUUUCACAUUACAAAAGACACUAUGAACAACAUCUCAUCCGUAGCCAAAGACUCGCUCAGAAUAACAACGUCAA